AUGGGCUAUGAUAUCAAGGUCGAAAUCGAUCGAAGUUCUACUGGGGGCACGUUCACGAACUAUGAUACGAUCCGAGGAACCGUCACCUUGGCUGUAACCUCGUCAAUAUCGGUCAAUCAUAUUCUGGUGAAACUUGAAGGUGUUUCGAAGACUGAGCUCGUGGUUCCAAAAGUAUCAGCUAAAAGAGACCGAAAGGAUAAAGAACGCGAUAAACGCUUACAAGACGAACACAAGGUGCUUUAUGAUACAAUGAUUGUUUUUCCGCCAGAUAAUGUGAGACAAGUUUCCAGUGCCAAGGAAUUCACUUUGACUCCAGGAAACUAUAGGUAUCCAUUUGAGUUUAAGAUCCCGCUAAACAACUCGUGUGUGAAGCUUCUGGGCAUCACAAAUGCCGUGCUGUUUAAUCCCCAACGGUUCGACUUUUCCAUCAACAAUGGCAACUUCAACAGAAACACGAUCAGGAACAUUGCUACACUGUACAUUAAUAAUGCUACUGGGGCCCAAGGUCCACAGCAAGCACAACGAGACCAAGGUGACUAUCAUAUAGUGAGCCAGCUUCCGCCUUCGCUAAGUGGAAUUGGUGACUUUGCUAGUAUCAAGUAUUUUGUCAAAGUGACAUGCAAGCGAGCAUCGUUGCUCAAAAUGAACUUGCGUGCCACCGAUCCAUUCAUUUUUCUUCCCUUGGAUUUGGACGAAAACAACCAAAUUUUGGGUCUGAAUCAGUCUCGUGAAGACAAUCGUGAAGUUUUCGUGAGGAAAGACAUUGUGUUUAAAAACAAGGUUCCUUCCGUAAAUGGAGUGGUAAUUCCCAGCGAUAAGAAAUUGCCGCCUAAUCCACGCCCAAGAGGAUUCCUCACGAGAUUACUUGAUCCUGGAACUAGUAGCGGGAACACAGCGCUGACAAGUCGCCAGGAAAACUCGAUGGACGUUCCCUUUGCUUUUGAAGUGCGCUUCCGUCAUCCCGCCUUCUUGAUUCCCACAAAAAAACCUUCGUUCAAACUUUUCUUGGUCACUUCCGUCAACCCAAAUAACUUUAACAAUGCCAAAUUCGGACGUCCAGACGAAUCUAAUGGUCUUGGAGUGAUAUUCAUGCAGCGGCUUAUCGUGGAAUUACGCUCAAUAACCACAAUUUCAGUGCUUGAGUCCGAUGGCCACUCGAAAACAAUACAUCGCUCCCGCCACGACGAAAAGAUUCCAGUGGCUAACAAUGCCCUCAAUAACGUCAAGUUUGAUUUCUCUAAUGCUACGAGACAGAAAUCGUCUUCAACGACUUCCAAUUAUGGUUCGCGAGAACUAUAUGAGAUAGAGAUUCCCGCCAAAUACUACGAAAACUGUAUUUUGCCAGAUCGUCUCUCUCCUUCAUUCACAACUUGCAAUAUUUCACGGCAAUACAACUUGCUGGUUGUGGCAGGAUUUUCCAGCGAAAGAAUUGUUGAUUCUAGAAACCAGCACGAAAUGACUGCUAAGGUGCGGUAUGUGGAUCUUCAAUGCACCGAUAUGAAGGUAUUGAGCGGAAUAGGCAUGUCAAAUUCUUUACAGUCUCCAUCAAUGCGUCCAGAAAAAGAACCACUUCCACCAAAGAAACCAAGACGUCCCGAAGCUCCACCUUUGCCAAGCAAGUCACAAAUGGCAUCACAGCAAAACGAGCCGACCCCACAUGAUCCAUCACCACACUACGAGCAAGCAGAUUCAUCAGCGUCGAAUCCUCCACUUCCGACCUAUGAUGAUGUUAUGAACCAGAGCACGAGUAGCAAUGGCAGAGGAACAAGAAGACAGUACCAGCAAGACGAACAAUACUAUGUCAAUACUGACGUAUAG